GUUAACGGAUGAGUGAUUGCGGAUAUAAAUUCGAAAUUAAAGAAUUUCGAAUUUUGUGCGAUUCAAGUGCGACAAUGCAUUGAGCAUAUGAAGAAGUUAGCUGCAGUUCUACCUUUGCCACUGAAAAUAUGAACAUUUAAGGGAACGUUGCACGAAAUACCUCAACACAGAAACAUUCUUCAUUCUAUACACUGUUUUAGUGCCUGAAUCAAAUAUCAAGGUUCUUUGUGAUGCAAGCCAACCUUUUCAAGAUUUGAAACUCUGAACAGUGAGACCCUAUACCUACAUAGUACAUACAGAACAAUACACCACCACUGGACUGAUGAACUUCUGCAUGACUGUCCCCUUUUAGCUCCAUUUUGGCCACCUACCUCAGACCCCCUCCACCACCAGCCGCCACCAUCCACCCCACCCCGCCCCACCAUGGGAAUCACCGGCCUGCUGCCGUUCCUCAAGAAGUCCACCCGGCCGGCCAGCGUGCGAGAGUUCUCCGGCGGCACGGCGGCCGUGGACGCCUACUCGUGGUUGCACAAGGGCGCGUUUGCCUGCGCCGACCGGCUGGUGCGCGGCGAGCCCACCGACGUGUACGUCCACUACUGCCUCAAGUACGUCAACAUGCUGCUGGCGCACGGCCUGAAGCCGGUGCUAGUGUUCGACGGCCGGAACCUGCCCAGCAAGGCCGACACGGAGGCCAAGCGGCGCGAGGGCCGUAAAAAGUACCGCGCCCUGGCCGCCGACCACCUGCGCGCCGGCAGGGACCGCGAGGCGCGCGAGUGCUUCCAGCGCUGUGUGGACGUGACGCCGGCGAUGGCGCGCGAGCUCAUCAAGGCGUGCCGCGCGCGCGGCGUCGACUGUGUGGUGGCGCCCUACGAGGCUGACGCCCAGCUGGCGUUCCUGGCGCGGAACGGACUGGCCGACCUGAUCAUCACCGAGGACUCAGACCUGGUGCUGUUCGGCUGUCCGCUGAUCCUGUUCAAAAUGGACGCCGCCGGCAACGGACAGCUGGUCGAGGCGACCGCGCUGCCGCUCUCGCUCGGCGCCUCGGCCGACAAGUUCUCGCUGGAGCGGCUGCGACUGGCGUGUAUUAUCUCCGGGUGUGACUACCAGGCCUCGCUGCCCGGCGUCGGCCUGGGCAAGGCGUCCAAACUGCUGGUUCGCGCCGCCGGCGCCGUCGACUCGGCCGCCGUGCUGGCCAAGCUGGCGUCGUACCUGGGCGUGCGCUCGCUGCCGGUGACGCCAGAGUACCGGGCCGGCGUGCUGCGCGCCGAGGAGACCUUCCUCUACCAGCUGGUGUUCGACCCGCGCGCCCGGCGCCUCGUGCCGCUGACACCCUACCCGCCGGGACGCUCGGCGGCCGACUAUCCGUUCGCCGGCGCGCCCAUGGACGACGCAGCCGCCUUCCAGGCGGCGCUGGGCAACACGGACAUCAACACGGGCGCCACGGUGGACACCUGGAACCCGGACCGGCCCGGCGCCAUGCCCGCGCACGCGCCGCACAAGAGCAUCUGGGCGCGCGACUUUGUGCCGUCGCGGCGCUCGUGGCCGGCCGGCAGUGGGGGCGGGGGCGGCGGCGGGGUGACUCGGCCGGGCACCGCCGGCAAGGUGGCGCGCCUCUCGGUGCUGGAGACGCUGCAGAAGGCUGCCGCCGCCGUGGUCGAGCAGAAACCCGACGAGGAGGAGCGCCGGCGCGCCGAGACCAGUCUGAUGGCGCUGUACGCGCCGCCCGCCGCCGCCGAGACCGAGUCGCAGCAGUCCAGCGGGUACGCCAGCGGGGCGACGGACGCCGAGCCGGCGCUGACCCAGCCGGCCUCCGAGGAGGGCCCGGCCGGCGAGCGGAACCCCGAGCCGACUGUGGUGUCGGCGACUGGUGACGGUGCGCCCGCCGCGGACACCGAUCAGUCGCCGGAGAUCGGUCAGCGGCUGCGGAACCCAUUCCGUGUGCGCGGCCCGCUGCGGGAGCGGCUGGAGGCGUCCGCCAAACGCCAACUCUCGGCAGGCGACGCGCCCGCCAAACCCGUCACCAGCAAGUACUUCACCGCGCCGUCUCCCGCCGCGCAGCCCCCGCAGCGUGCCCCAGUCGUUCAAAGUAUGGAGGAGUUUCUCAAACGCCGCCAGGAGUCGGCCGCCGCUCUGGAGCGGUCGCCCAAACGGGCCCGGCUCGAGCCGUCCGCCGCGGGUAAGUCUGCGGCGUCCUCUCCCCCUCCGGCCCUGCCGGCGAUUCCCGCGCCGCCGCCGCCGGCGAGGUCGUCCGCGGACAGCUGGUACAAGAUGAGCUCUGUGUUCGACCCGAAGCACGCUAUGACCGUGUGGGACAGUGAGGUGGACGGGCUGCGAGCGGCGCCGGCCGUCACCGCCACGCCGCGCUCCCCGGGCAAGGAGAACAGUCCCGAGAAGGCGGCGCCGGCCGCGGCCAAACGCUAUCUGGGCCGCUCGCCGCCGGCCGCCGCCCUGUUCGGGGUGCGACCCGGGCCGAGCGCCGGCCGGGGGGCGCCGGUCGGGACGCCGGCCGCCGCCCCCUGCCGGAAGGUGGGACUGGCCAAACCGCCCGCCGCCAGACAGCUCAACCUCAAACAGAUGUUCGGCUAUCGGAAACCUGAGGUGGCUCAGUGGAAAAAGUGAGAGGGGCGGUGGAAGUGACUGUUUCAUAAUUGGCCAUCGUCGUUUUAGCGCCCGUAGGGGAGUUAUGGUGUCGACUGGCCAACUCCUCGCAGUUGCUCGGUGCUCUGCUAUUCGUAUGUACAAAGAGGGACCAUGGUGGCUGUGGCCGGGCCGGAGCAGCGCUCCCGAUGAAAUGCGCCGCUCCAGUUCCCCGUGUUUUUUUUUUUGUGCCGAACGUCCGACUCGAUCUGACCAGGGCUUUGCAUGUUUGCUGCGUGUCAUGCGGGUGCAAUUGCCUGUUUGUAUCGUGUUUUAACGUGUACGUCCAUGUGAAAUAAUAUGACAAACUUGACACCUCGCUUGGUUGUAAGAUAUCAUCAGGACCGGGAAGUGUGUACCAUUCGUUUGUAAUGUAAUGGCGUUGAAGGCCAAGUGUUGUUAAAAGCGUCAGUAUCUCUAUCCUGGCUCGCACAAAUCUUGUUGAUUUGUGGACGUACCCGAACGCUGCGUGAAAUAAAACGACAGCGCGUA